AUGUCGUCUCGGCCGGAGUUGAAGGUCGACGAUGAACAUGGAUUCAUCCGCUAUUUCAAGUCACUUCCACACGUAGGGGACGAUGUCAUCCGCAUAUUCGACCGAGGCGACUGGUACACCGCACACGGCGAAAAUGCCAACUUCAUUGCCCGAACUGUAUACAAGACCACCUCGGUGGUCCGACAGCUUGGCAGGAACGACCACACCGGCUUGCCGUCUGUUACCAUGACCAUGACCGUCUUCCGGCAAUUCCUCCGCGAAGCCUUGCACAAGCUGGGCAAGCGAGUCGAGAUCUAUGCUAGCCCGAACGGGCGGAUGAACUGGAAGAUUGUGAAACAAGCAUCCCCUGGAAACCUGCAGGACGUUGAGGAGGAUCUGGGAAAUCUAGGCGAGGCCGCCCCCGUCAUCCUCGCCGUCAAGAUCUCGGCCAAGGCUUCCGAGGCAAGGGCCGUGGGUGUGUGCUUCGCCGAUGCCAGCGUCAGGGAACUUGGCGUGAGCGAGUUCCUUGACAAUGACCUGUACUCCAACUUCGAGGCAUUGUUGAUUCAGCUUGGUGUCAAGGAGUGUCUAGUCCAGAUGGAAAAGGCCGAGAAAGACAAGGACCCAGAGCUGGCCAAGCUUCGGCAAAUCAUCGACAAUUGCGGCAUUGCGAUUUCUGAGAGACCAGUUGGAGACUUCGGAACCAAGGACAUCGAGCAAGAUCUGGCGAGACUGCUGAAGGAUGAGAGGUCUACAGCGCUGUUACCGCAGACCGAUCUGAAACUGGCUAUGGGCUCGGCAGCCGCCCUCAUCAAAUACCUCGGUGUUCUCCAUGACCCUUCCAACUUUGGCCAGUACCAGCUGUAUCAGCAUGAUCUUGCCCAGUUCAUGAAGCUGGAUGCGGCCGCACUCAAGGCGCUCAACCUGAUGCCCGGGGCAAGAGACGGGGCCAAGACUAUGAGUUUGUUUGGGUUGCUGAACCACUGCAAGACACCACUUGGUAGCAGGCUACUAGCUCAGUGGCUGAAACAACCCCUGAUGGACAAGGACGAAAUCGAAAAACGGCAGCAACUAGUCGAGGCGUUUGCGAACGACACAGAACUACGCCAGACCAUGCAGGAAGAACACUUGAGGUCCAUUCCUGACCUCUACCGUCUGGCAAAGAAAUUCCAGCGCAACAAGGCUAACCUCGAAGAUGUUGUUCGGGCCUAUCAAGUAGUCAUCCGUCUGCCCGGCUUCCUCGGCACACUCGAAGGGGUGAUGGAUGAGGCCUACCGCGAUCCCUUGGACGAGGCUUACACGAACAAGCUCCGCGAGCUAUCCGACAGCUUAGCCAAGCUGCAAGAGAUGGUUGAAACAACUGUCGAUCUAGACGCACUGGACAACCACGAGUUCAUCAUCAAGCCCGAGUUCGAUGACAGCUUGCGCAUCAUCCGCAAGAAGCUCGACAGGUUACGCACCGAUAUGGACAGGGAGUUCGCCGAUGCGGCAAAUGACCUGGGCCAGGAGCGAGACAAGAAGAUCUUUCUCGAAAACCACAAGGUCCAUGGCUGGUGUAUGCGACUGACGCGGACCGAAGCCGGCUGCAUCCGGAACAAGUCCCGGUAUCUCGAGUGUUCAACACAGAAGAACGGCGUCUACUUCACAACAAAGACCCUCCAGGGGAUUCGGCGAGAAUUCGACCAGCUGUCUCAGAACUACAACAGGACCCAGAGCGGUUUGGUGAGCGAAGUUGUCGGCGUCGCCGCGUCAUAUAGCCCAGUACUUGAGAGGCUCGCCGGCGUCCUCGCCCACUUGGAUGUCAUCGUCUCCUUUGCACACUGCUCCGUUCAUGCGCCCGUGUCCUACGUCCGGCCAAAGAUCCACCCACGCGGAGAGGGCCAGACCAUCCUCACAGAAGCGCGCCACCCUUGCAUGGAAAUGCAGGAUGAUGUCCAGUUCAUCACGAACGACGUCGAGCUGACGCGAGACAAGUCCUCAUUCCUCAUCAUCACGGGCCCCAACAUGGGCGGCAAGUCAACAUACAUCCGGCAGAUCGGCGUGAUCGCACUGAUGGCCCAAAUCGGUUGUUUCGUACCCUGCAGCCAAGCCGAGUUGACCAUCUUCGACAGCAUUCUGGCGCGCGUCGGUGCCAGCGACAGCCAGCUCAAGGGGGUGUCGACUUUCAUGGCCGAGAUGCUCGAGACAGCCAACAUUCUCAAGUCAGCGACGGCCGAGAGUCUGAUUAUCAUCGACGAGCUGGGCCGCGGCACGUCCACCUACGAUGGUUUCGGCCUCGCCUGGGCCAUCUCGGAGCACAUCGUCCGGGAGAUCGGCUGCUUCGCCCUCUUCGCCACCCAUUUCCACGAGCUGACUGCCCUGGCCGACCAGUACCCGCAGGUGCGCAACCUGCAUGUCACGGCGCACAUCAGCGGGACCAACAAUAACGACACCAACGCCAAAUCCAAAAAGGAGGCAAGCGAAGAGAAGCGCGAGGUUACCCUCCUGUACAAGGUCGAGCCCGGCGUCUGCGACCAGAGCUUCGGCAUCCACGUCGCCGAACUAGUGCGCUUCCCGGACAAGGUGGUGCGCAUGGCCAAGCGCAAGGCCGACGAGCUCGAGGACUUCACGUCGGCCAGCAAACACGACGACGCCGGCGCCACGACUGCGGGCGUGGGCGGCAGCGGCGUCGAGUACAGCAAGACCGACGUCGAGGAGGGCAGCGCCCUGCUCAAGGACGUGCUCGUCCGCUGGAAGGACGAGGUCCGGGCCGGGAAGGUGGUGUCCAAGGAGGACAUGGCUGCGCGGCUGAGGGAGCUGGUCGGGAAGGAUGAGAAAUUGCUGGCGAAUCCCUUCUUUCAGAGUAUCAAGACGUUGUAG